GAUUUAUGUAAAAUGCAUCUCGUGAUUUAUCUGUGCGCAUACGGGCGGGAAAGUACGGGAAAACAUGAAAUUUACUAAAGCAUAUUACAACGUGACAUCACUCACUCUCUCUCUCUAGAGCUCUUGAUUGUAUUUGUCGAGGAGUGAGAAUCUAGUAAAGGCAGAGGAGCGAGAAUGGAGCUUUACUUUAGCAACUUUCCUGCAAUUAGUCUUCCAUUGAAUACACAACACAACUGCCCCAUUCUAACCUCCUCCCAUCAUCAUUAAUCCAUCUUUCCGGUCUCUUCUAUAAUCCUAAAACCCAAGAAACAACCGCUAUUUGCCAAGAUGCCCCUUUCCGAUUUCUUCAAGAGAUUCAAAUUCUUGAAACCUCCGGAUUCCACGCUCGGCUGCUUCUCUUUCUGCCUCUGCUUGAUUCUUUGCUUCUUCCUGCUGAACUACAGCGUUGUCGAGAAUUUUCAUGGGAACUCGUCGUUGAUGAUGUGGUUCAAGUCCAACGGUUCGUCGCCGGAAGCGGACAAGGUUGGAUUUCUUGAAGCAGGCGGCGAUGGGUGCGAUGUGUUUAGUGGGAGAUGGGAGUGGGAUGAGAGGUAUCCGCUCUACCAAUCGCGGGAUUGCGCCUUCUUGGAUGAGGGUUUCAGGUGUAGUGAGAACGGCAGGCCGGAUAAUUUCUAUACUAAGUGGCGCUGGCAGCCCAAAGAUUGCAACUUGCCAAGGUUUGACGCCAAAGUUAUGUUGGAGAAGCUGCGAGGGAAACGACUUGUGUUUGUUGGAGAUUCUAUUGGUCGGAAUCAAUGGGAGUCGCUUCUUUGCAUGCUAUCCUCAGUGGUUCCGAACAAGACUUCAAUUUAUGAAGUGAAUGGGAACCCUAUCACAAAGCAUAUGGGCUUUUUGAUCUUUAAAUUUAGAGACUUCAACUGCACGGUUGAAUACUACAGAGCUCCGUUCCUAGUGUUGCAGAGCCGGGCACCUGCUGGCGCACCCGAAAACGUGAAGAUGACACUGAAACUGGAUCAAAUGGAUUGGAGCUCGUCGCAGUGGAAGGGUGCUGACAUACUGAUUUUCAACACCGGCCACUGGUGGAAUAACGAGAAGACCAUCAAAGUGGGAUGCUACUUCCAAGAAGGGAUGGAGAUAAAGAUGGAGAUGAGCGUCGAAGAUGCCCUCCGUAGGUCUAUCUUUACGGUAAUGGACUGGAUCGAUCGUGAAUUAAAUCUUUCAAGAACGCAUCUUAUCUUCCGGACCUAUGCCCCCGUACAUUUCAGCGGGGGGGACUGGAACACCGGUGGUGGCUGUGACCUAGAGGCGAUCCCAGAUUUGACUGCAUCUCUGUUGUCAUCCGAAACACUCGUUGGGUUCAAAACCGUCGUUGAUGCCUUGUCACAACGUCAGAGACUUCCGGGCAUAGAAUUAUUGAAUGUGACUAGCAUGACGUCCCAAAGAAGAGACGGGCACUCGUCGUUGUACUACUUGGGUCCUGCAACCCGACCCUCUGCUCUUCAGCGUCAAGACUGCAGCCACUGGUGCCUCCCUGGCGUCCCAGAUUCGUGGAACGAGCUUCUCUACGCUGUUUUACUCAAACGAGAGGGACACAACUCGACAAAAACUUCUCAUUCCCCUGGCUAGCGCAUUACAAGAUCAGAAUGGCCUUCGAUGCAAAACCAUCAAGUGACGAAAGCUUCAGCUUCGAUGCAUUGAUCUGCGCUGCUCAUCUGAAAGAUGGGAGACGCCUCUUCCACGGUUUCUUUGACACUGCAAAGAAGCGCGCGCCACUGAUUCAGGUCAGUCCCUUUGAUGCUAUGGUUUCGAUUCAGAUCGCGCAAAUGGAGAGUAAUUUGAGAUCAUUUUUAGGUAAAUAUAUAUUCUUGUUGUUGCAUUAUUGGAGGGAUACGAAUUUGAUUUCGAACAAAUGCACUGAUUUAGAGCUACAUGUUGUGUAUAUGGUGAGUUUAGUUGAGUCCCCUUUUUUGAGUUUAUACUGUUGAACUUGGUUUCAA